AGGCGGAAGCAGCGGUCGUCCGCGGCACCGGCUUAGGGUGGGAAGGUGGGGGUGAGCUCCUCCGGGUGUGAGCACCCUAAGAUGGAUCCUGACGCGACAGUCGCGCGGCGGAGGUCGUUGCAACUGCCGCGGCUGCUUUUGGUGCCCAUACUAUGGUCGGGGCUGGCUCUGGGCACGCUCGCCUCCAGCAGCACCCCCCACAGGGUCUUGUACGACCUCCUGUCGGAGCGGCAGUUGCUGAUGGUGGAGGACUUGUCUCUUACUCUCCUGCAGGGGGGAAGGAUAGGACCACAGUCGCUACAUUCUGACCUGCCAGAUCUGGAUCCUGAGUGCCGGGAGCUGCUGCUGGACUUCGCAAACAGCAGCGCAGAGCUGACCGGGUGUCUGGUGCGCGGCGCCCGGCCGGUGCGCCUUUGUCAGACCUGCUACCCUCUGUUCCAACAGAUCGCCAGCAAGAUGGACAACAUCAGCCGAGCCGUGCAGAAUACUUCAGAGAGUCAUAGUUGUGCCAGAAGUCUCUUAAUGGCAGAUAGAAUACAAAUAGUUCUGAUUCUGUCUGAGUUUUUUAAUUCCACAUGGCAGAAGGCAAAUUGUGCAAAUUGUUUAACGAACAAAAGUGAAGAAUUAUCAAGUAGCACGUUACACUUUCUCAAUCAAUUUAAUAACACCUUGACCUGCUUUGAGCAUAAUCUUCAGGGGAGCAUACACAGUUCUCUGCAGUUAAGAAAUUACUCAGAAGUAUGCAAAAACUGUCUCGAAGCAUAUAAAAAUCUGAGUAAUAUGUUCAGUGAAAUGCAAAAAAUGAAUGAGCAUGAAAAUAAGGCUGAACCUGGAACACAUUUAUGCAUUGACGUGGAAGAUGCAAUGAACAUUACUCGAAAACUUUGGAGUCGAACUUUCAACUGUUCAGUCCCUUGCAGUGACACUGUGCCUGUAAUUGCUGUUUCGGUGUUCAUUCUUUUUCUACCUGUUGUCUUCUACCUUAGUAGCUUUCUUCACUCGGAACAAAAGAAACGCAAAGUCAUUCUGCCCAAACGUCUCAAGUCCAAUACCAGCUUUGCAAACCUUCAAGAAAAUUCUAACUGAAGCCAGAAAAUGGGGAAUUAACAUCAUAUCCCAUGGAUGAGUGAUGGAAGAUACAGCUUGGUCCAAAAGAAGAUAAAGUUCUUAAGAAAUGCAAGGACUUCAUAUUUAUUUUUAAAGAAGAAUUUUCAAUUUUUCUUUCCUUUUCCACCUCCUUUUUAAGCAUUUGGGUAUUUUUAAUUUACAGCCAUAACAAUGUUGUCUAUUUUAAAGUGUAUUUGUUAUAAUAACAAAAGAUGCAAGAACAAUCUUUGUUUUCUUUUAUAGGCACAUUAUUACUAUUUGAGACUUCUGGUAUCUUUAUUAACAGUAUCUCAAGUAGCAAAGUUCUUGAAGACUAACAUUUAAAAAUCAGUUACAGUAAAGACUUUGAAAAAGAAAUAUACUUGCCAAAAAGUAACAGGUCCAAAAAUUAAUUUAAAUUACCAUUACAGUAUUAUUGUUACUAUAUACUUAAUAUCUCAUAUGUUAUAAAUAAUAUGUAAUUCAAUCUCUGGUUUCCUUAGAGUCAUUUUUGAAACCACUAAUUAUAAGCCACCCUAACAAUUUUUAGAAGUGGGAAAGCACAUUACAUUUAUCUUUGUAAAAAGAUUUAUGAGAACUGGUUUCUUACUUGACUUUUAUAAAUAGAAUUUUACACCUUAUUUUUGCCUUUAUUUCAUAAGUAAUUUGAAAUCAUUGGACUGCUUUAUUAUAUUCAGGGCAAGAUGAUUCUUUUUAUACCAGGGAUUUGCAUUGUGAAUCACAUUAAGUUAUUUGGCAAUUUAUAAUUUAUUGCUAUUUUAAAUCAAAUGUAGCAUUAUCACACUGUAUUUAAGUGGUGACUUUUUAAUGGAGAUUUUCUCUUAGGAUAUAUAGUGGUUUUGAAGGAGAGAAAAAGGAGUAGCAAGAAGAGCUUAAGGUUUAGAAAAUGGCCAGGGACCUGAGGGGACCAGUGUAAGGCUGUUAAAUGGUUCAUACUGGAGGUGCGAGUGAGAACGGGAGCCUGAUACAGAAAGCAUUUAGGUUAAUAGGAUGCUUAUGUUUUCCUAAAUUAUUUAAAUCAGUUAACCAUGAUUGAUAAGAAGUCAAAUAUUUUACUCUUAGAAAACAUUCUGUUUUGGAACGUUCGUAUCAAUCUCUUUAUUUUUUAAAAACCUUUAUGUCAGAAUUGUUUACAAUUUUUCCCCUCAGGUUUUUAAAGUAUUUCAUUUGUUAAUUUCUUCUUGCUUUCUUGGUGAAUAGGCUUUGUAUUAAAUGUUGAAAAACAAGAGUUAAAUAUUUUAAAAAAAUUGAAUAUCUUAGUGUACUGUAAAAAUACUCUAGAGAGAGAUAAGAAAGCAUUUUUAUUUUAUUUUUUAAUGUUUACCAUAUAGACAGAUGAAAGAAAAGGCUCAUCCUUGGAUAUAUAACAUAUCCACAAGCUGUUGCAGUUUUUCUGGUCUGCUGUGAUCCAUUAAAGAUGUGUUAGGGUUUGUUCUUUUUUUACUGUUCCCGCUGCUGAUAGUAAUAGCACUAUUAUGCUUUGAAGCAUAUAGUUGAGGGCCAUUGAAAGCAAUCUUUCAUUAAUGCAGGUAAAACCAGUUUACAUGUGCAAAGGUAUAAAAUGGCAUAUUUGAUUCUGUAAGUAGUGACUCUGAGCACUUUGAAUAUUACAUAUUUCUAAAAAUCAUUGCUUUGGAAAUGGCUGCUAAUAAGCACUUUUAAAAAGAAAAAGGCAGCCUUUACUAUUUUUCUGGUUGAGUCGUUGCUCUUUAGAAGUAGCAUCAGCAAUAGAUUUCAAAAAUAAGUAUUAAGUACUACACUGAAGUAUGUAAACAUUUCAUUUUUAGUCACUGGGAAUUCUUUGCACAGUUGUGAAUUCUUAGAUGCAUAGCCUAUGUGUGUACAAGAACAUCUUUAGUUUUUUGACAGUUUCAAAUAAAGGAAUUAGCUUAAGGAAAUUAAUAGUACCAUAUUUGAUUUGAAAUACAUUUUUAAAACUUCAGCUGUGAACAUCGUAUUUCAGUUUUCCAGAUGCUUAGUUUGAAUAUCUACUUUAAAGGUACCAUCUAUCUUAUAAUUUUGUUGCAAAUAAAAAUAUACUUUUGGAUUUUGUUGUUGUUGGAUUUAAGAGGUAGGAAUAGCAUCAGCUAUGUUAAAGUGUAACUCUAAAUUAAUGAAUAACACCAGGGUUUAGUUGGUAAAUGUUACUUCUAAUGGGACCAGUAUUUUGCAGUGUUUUAUGGAUGGGCUGUACUUUUUACUGCAAUGUACUCCUUAAAAUGAAGUGUUUUCCCAGAACAA